AUGAACGGGCAUAGUGGGGAGCGGGAGAUAAGGGCAAUCGCCAAGUUCAACUUCGAAGGAAAGAACAAUGAUGAGGUAAAAUAUUUUUAGUUUUCCUAUUAUCGGUGUGUUUGCAAGACUAGUUGGCUUAUAAGUACCAGGAUUGCACGAGAUUGGCCUAUUGACAUGCUUUCAGCUUACGUUCCAAAAGAAUGAUGUUAUCACAAUAACACAACAAAUUGAUGGCGGUUGGUGGGAAGGCAGUUUGGAAGGGCAUGUGGGAUGGUUCCCUUCGGAUUAUGUUGGAGUCAUUAAAACCGAGAGUGAGUAUUCUAUUGGUUGUGUACCUUUUCCUUUAGGUAGUGCAAGGUCGAAUGGUGUGUCACAUGAUGCCAUUGACGGAGUUCCGGAAGAUCUGGAGAAACAGAAGGCUUUAUUUCGAACAGCGAUUGUUGAACAGUUUAUUAAAGAUGAAGCACAACAUAUUGGUGCUUUGGAAGAGGUCGCGAACGUUAUUCUGCCAGUUGUCUUCGAAGCCAAACUGUAAGUCGAAAGGUUUUUCAUUAAUUUUAUGUUGUUUAGGUUUAAUCCAACAGAACAAGCAGAUAUCAAGUCAAAUCUUCUUGACGUCAUUCACAUAAAGCAGGACGUUUUGGGGAACCUUGAGGAGACUUUCGUGUAAGAAUGUUGAGACGUUAUUCUCUGGCUCAACAAUUUUAAGUACUAUUGUUUUAGACGACCUAUUAUGGAUCAAAGGAUCGGCGAUAUUUUCCUUCGGAAGGCGGGUGAACUGAAGAUUUUGCUCCGGAUAUAUUGCUGGAAACAUCCCGUUGCAAUCCAUACAAUAACAAAGAAAUCAAAGAAGGCUGAUGAUAAUCUGGAACGUCAAAGAAAGAUUGAUUCCGUUUUAAAAAAGGAGGAGAAAAGUUUCAAGGAUUUGAUAGCUGGAUUAAGUCUGGUCUUCAGGCAUACAGACAAAUAUGCCUCGUUUUUGUUGGAAGUCGAACGGAACACCAGCCAAAGUCAUCCUGAUCUCGGAAAUCUUCAUAGGGCUUCGAUUGUUUACAGAGAGAUAGCGGUAAGCUGAUUUGUGUUUGUUUUAUUGCUUUUAGGAAGAUUGUGUUGGUAUGAGAAAGCAAAAGGAACUUCAGUUAGAAUUUCUCAAUUCCGGAUUCCUCGAGAAGGCUGUUGGAAAGGAUCACCAAGAAAAACUGGGACCUUUAAUGCAUUUCACAUCGGUUACAGUAACACAGCCAAAUCAACAAGAUCCUGACGCAGUUUUGGAUCGGUUAGUAAUGUUAUUUUUUACGUAAAUGAGUGAUUAUAUUGUUUGUAAACUUAUGAUUUAGGUCAGUUGUUUUGUGUUCAAAAGCCCUUUUGUUAUUGGAGCCGUCGAUUGAAAAGAAUACCUAUAUUCUGAAGGAGAAACUAGCCACAAACGGGUUAAUAGCGGCCAGGGAGGAGAAUUCGUUACGAAUAUCUUUUGUUAAAGGUAUGUGAUGUUAAUGCUUUUUAUUGUGCUUUAGAUAACAAUCACAUUCUGAUCGUCUCCUGUCUCUCCGCCGAAGAUUUCUACAGAUUUAAUUUGGCAUUGGACGGAUGCCAAGGAAUUGAAGUGACCACGAAGUCUGUGAAUCCAACUCCAAUUCCUUCGACUCCCGAUUCAACGGACAAUCAUAACGUCGUAUCUGAUCUUCAUAGGUCUCUGAGGCCGCCAUUGUCAAAGAAGAACUCUGUUAAUUCGAAUGGGGGAUUAAAUCAUGAACUUGAGAUGAUUGAUCCCGAUUCUUUUGGCCAGUCAUUUGAUCUGUCAAGAAGUUCAUCGUUCAAACCAUUGCAUUCUAAUCUGGAUCAGAAGGAUCGAAGGUCCAGACCGUCCAAAUUAUUCUCCGGAUUUUGUCUUCGACCAAUUCCACCGAACAAAAGCGCUGUGGCAUUGCAAACUUCAUCGUCGUCGAGCAGUAUCAAGCUGAGAAAAGGAUGUAAGUUUACUUUUCUUAUAACUUUGUUAUGAGUUUAGUGACUGCUGAAGAACAGGAGGACGCGUAUCUCUUCAAAAUUAUCGAGGGAUACUGUGGACCCCCGAGCUCGUCUAAUAAUGUGUCAAAAUUCAACUCCAGAAUGAAUGUUUCGUCUUCUUCAUUACAUCACAAGCCACAAGUUUACAUCGAGGAAGUGAGACCUCAAGUGAUCGUUGCUGGCGAUGAGAAGUUGCUGAUAGAGGAAGCUACAGAUGAUGGGGUAGUUUUCAAAGAAAAGACAUUGGUAGAUACUGUUUAUGAUAUGAGCACCAGAAUGACUGCAUUGGAAAAGGUAAUUAUAAUUGAUGAUUUAUGUUAUACUUGAAGAGCACGGGUAAUAUGAGUUUUGGCUUGGAAUAUAAGUUGUGUUAAAUCAUUUCCACGUUUUAGCAAAUCCAUGACUUGACAAAAAUCGUGAUCCAAGAGCAGAAGAAUCGCCGCCGUCUGGAGGAAAGUCUCCGUCGCCAGAGUAAUAAUUAUUCCCAUACCUCAUCUCCUAAGCCAGAGUUAAUAGAAAGUACAAGUAGUUAGAUGUCUACGUGUCUAAACCAACGCCUUACAUACCAUAUUUGUCCUAUACGUCUUACAUGUAGCAUAUUUUGUUCAGUGCCUUAUAUUGUACAAUAAAACGGAUGAUUACUUAGUAUGGAGUUUUGGAGGGCGAUUGCAAUGGUUGAUUCCGGCUAUUUUGAUGUUAUUUUGUGGUGUUCUAUGAAGGUUUAUUGUGUUAUAUAUAGAGUGAUCAUUGAUUUUCAGCAUGGCAAAGUUUAUUGAACUCCGACCCGACCGGUCGCUGUUGAAUCCCGACUUUGAUCGGUAUGUUUUGUCCAGUCGAAAAGCGGAUCUCCGAAAAGUUGCAAUCAAAACAGGUAAGUAUUAAAAUGUUUUUUAUUUUUGGUGGAUUAGUUUUAGUUCUUAUGAAUUACAAUUUCAGCCAGACCUUUUUCUCUUUCAAGUGAACAAUAUGGAUAUCAGCAUGGUUUGCUUGCUUCGGCAGUGGAUCGAUUGGUUAUUGAUCUUUUUAUCCCGUCCGAGGAUCACUUAUAUUUCUUUGCUCAAGACGGGAAGUUGGUAAAAUUACUGUAUAAACCAAAGGUAAGAUAACCUUAGUCCUUAAAGUGAAAAUUAAUUUUAGUUGGGGAAUUGCAUCUCGGCUCAAGAUGUAAUCGAAAUCGACUUCUCAUCCACCUCCAACAAAUCUUAUCCGCCAAGUUUAAUCUUCCCGGAUCAAGAUUUUGCUGUCAUUUCCAAUGGAACGGGCACUUUGUACGUCUACAAAACUGGUGAUCGAACUCAAAGUCAGCCAUGGAGUUGUGUUCUGCAGCUGAAGAUUGAUAACACUUUCGAAAAUUUGAUUGGUGAUCAAAACGUUGAGAAUGUGGUGCCAUUUGUUGUUGUGGAUGUCAGAUCCAAGGAUCAAAAUCAAUUGGCGAUUCUCGUGCAAAGUGUGGAGAAGGAAAUGGAAUCUGAGAAGAGCAACUUUUAUUCACGAUUAGUCUGGUUGGAUGUGGAUUUGAAUGAGGGAAAGGUCAGCAGAAGAAGGGAGUUACAGUACCAUGGUAAGUGAGAUGAUUUGUUAUUGGAUGUUGUACCUUUAGGAAAUCUUGAAAUGGCCACACUAAACUUCAAUGCAACGGAGAUCUUAACUGUCGGCUCCGGACAAAUCCAAUUUCGCGCAGACACGGAGAAAGAGAUCAAUUCAGAUGUACAGGAUGUUGAAAUGAACGACCCUCAAAAGCCGGUCUAUGUGUGGACACAGAAUGCAGAAGAAAUCAAUAUAUCCUUCUCGUUGGGUGAGAAGAUCGAGAAAAAAGAUGUGGAGUAUCGGGUGAACUCUGGGGGAAUUUUGGUCAAAGUUAAAGGGCAUUUGUUGUUAGAAGGACAACUUGAAGGCUCUGUCCAUGCGGACUCUUCGGUGUGGACGAUUGGACCGGAUCAGUAAGAAAUUUUAAUUCUGAUAUUUGCCUUUGUUUUGCUUUUCAGAUGAUAUUUUAUAUUGUUUUAGUCUGGAGCUGACAUUAUUCAAAACUCGAGGGCACUUUUGGCGAGAUCUUGUCCCCACCGAUACCCGAGGCCUUUACGAACCCGAUUCUGAUGCCAUUCAAAAGGCCAUAGAAUCUCUGGAAAAGUUCACAACAGACAAACAGGAACUGCCCUCAGGCGAUGCCCAACAAUCCACAUUCAAUCCGGAGCAGUUGGAGGAAUGCGAUGCCACUGGUGACCUCCCAACAUUCAUCCAUUGGACUGAUGGUGAUAGUCAUAAACUAGUCCAGUCUGCGGAUAUCAGCUCAAGUCAGAUCAUCUUCCAGACCAGACUCCAACCCGGAGGGCCGAGGACAUUGUGCACAAGAAGUGAACAUGAUGGAAUUGUGUGGUCGCUAGAUGAGGUUGAUGUGUCCAACGAUAGUCGAAUUGCACAUAAAUUCACGUUGAACGCAUUUGGAUACGUUCAGGUAGAAUUUAAUUUUUUAAAGUGGCUGAGUUGAGUGAUUUGUUUCAAUGAUUACUUCCAGGCUUCACAUUCCAAUAAGGUCGGCACAAAUUGCGCAACAGAUGGCAGCUUCGCUUUCGUGUGCCACUCUGAUCACCAUUUGUUUGUUUAUCUUCAAAGUGUUCCAGUUACAGCCGGUAUGUUAUUUCUGUUAUUGGUAGACAGGGUUUAGACUGUGUCCUCAAGAAUCGCAAGUCCGGAAAGUCGGCGACAAACUUUUCCGAACAGCUCGUUGUCAAUACAGCAUCAGCGCUGGAUCCCUCGGACAAUCCCCUAAUCCUUGGCCAUGCCCAUUCCAAUCAAAUGGUCUACCUACUCACAGCGAACGCUGUAAUUGCCGCCCAUGUCAGAGUUUGA